AUGAACGACGACCUAACCGCCGCGAUUGUCGACGUCGACGGCAGGCAGGCGACAUUUCGAGUCAUAUUGGUGCAGCUAUACCACCGCAACAACUCCACCGUUAUCCCGCGCGACGACGACGACAACGACAAUUGCGGGGAUGCGGACGAUGACGAGUUUAUCCUAGAGACAGAAGUUCUACCUCCACGAAAGCGUGGUCGCCCUAAAGGCUCCAAAAACAAGCCAAAACUAGCUCCUAUCGAGACCAACGACGUCAACCUCACGCAACGCGAGGAGGACAACUUAGUGCUGUCUAGGAAGCUGCGUGCCACUAGUAAGAUCACAACCCUAGGCGAACUAUUCGAACUAUCUACUAAGGCAGAGAUUUACGCGCUGAUUACUCGCGGACGCACGAUCAUCGCGGAUCUUCCUACGCAACUCCGCGAUGCCUACCCUAAAGGCACUAUUAUAGUGGUCGUAAAGCCGCUGUACGGCAUCGCCGAGGCAGGAGCGUACUAG